AUGCGUUCUCUCCUCCUUGCCCGCACGUGCGCCUUCGCUUCGCGGCGCUUCCUCUCCGCGCUCGCCGGCAGCGGGGCCGGGGCCCCGUGCGCCGGCGUGGUGUACGGGUUCGGGGAUAAUUGCCAUGGCGCGGUGGGCCAGCCGCCACCGGCUGCCGACGCCUACGUGCCCACGCCCGUGCCCUCCCUCCCGCCGUCCGUGAGCGCCGUCGCCGCCGGUCACUACCACUCCCUCGCCGUAUCUGCCGCCGGAGAGGUCUGGGCGUGGGGGCGCAACGACGAGGGCCAGCUCGGCCGCAGGCUUCACUCCCCGAGGAAUACUUGGAGCAACGCAGAACUGGUCAGAGGAUUGGAAAAUGUUCAAGUUCAAGCUGUAUCUGCUUCAGGCGUUGUUUCAGCAGCAAUAGGAUCUGAUGGUUCUUUAUGGGUUUGGGGGAGAUCAAAGCGUGGCCAACUUGGACUUGGGAAGGACAUUGUAGAGGCAGCAGUGCCAUCUAAAGUGGAAGCUCUUGCUAGCUACGACAUUGUUAAGGUAUCAUUUGGAUGGGGGCAUGCCAUGGCAUUGACAAAGGAUGGAAAGCUAUUUGGUUGGGGAUACUCGGAAAAUGGAAGUAUAGGAGAAAUGGGUCAAAGCACUAGAGCUCUUUCUGCAGAAGAAUACAUAGGAAAAAUGGCAGACAAGUAUUCUAGUUCAAUGCUGGAGGCUGUUGAAAAGAUGGUUGAAGAGAAAAUUCGCAGUGAAGACAUUAUGCCCAUUAUCUGGGAACCAUCACUUGUUCAUGAAGUGAGUCAUCUUGAGGUGUCUGACGUAUCUUGUGGGCUUGAUCAUUCCUUGAUUCUCUGCUCUGAUGGCAUUGUACUGAGCGGUGGUGACAACACUUACGGACAACUGGGUAGGAAGGCAGGGCCGCCCAAAUUUCUUCCUGUCGGCAUGAGCUACAAGCCAUUCUCCAUGUCAGCAAGUGUCGGUCACUCUCUAGCAUUAUGCCAUACAAUGACUGAGGGCACUGACGGCGUGGAAACUGGCCUCCUCUCAUGGGGGUGGAACUGCAACUCCCAGCUCGGACGGCCUGGUCAAGAGGACAUCCCUGCACUGGUGGACUGUCUGAGCACGGAGAGGCUGGUAACGGCCUCGGCUGGUCGAGUCCAUUCAGUUGCUCUCACGUCCAAAGGUGAAGUUUGGACCUGGGGAUCAGGCAGGAAUGGCAGGUUAGGUCUGGGCAGCUCCAUUGAUGAGGCGGAGCCGUGUCUUGUAGAUACCCUGGAAGGGGUGGAAGUCUUGCAAGUUGCAGCAGGGAUGGACCAUAGUCUCCUCCUGGUCUCCGAGUAG